CAGCAGCCCGGUAGCGGUUCUAUUUACAGAUAUGUGCGUAUGAUCGUAAACAACGGGUUUAUCGAAACUUGCGAAAGUAUAUUUCGAAGGUUUUCCUUUAAAGUUUGCCCUUAUUGGUUUAAUGUAACUCGUGACUUUAAGUGUUUGCGUAUUAUUAAAACAAAUGAUUUUGUUGCGUUGAAGUUACUAUUUAGUAUUUGUUGUUAACGUAUAUGUAUUUGAUUUAAUGGCUAAUGGUCAAAGGAGAGAAGUACAUGCUCAUGGUCAUCCCAGAAUUCAUCAAAGAGCACCGAGAGCACGAUUUGUGUCUUCAGAUGUCUCAACUUUCACAAAAGCAGAAAUUUUUGGCUCUUUACUUGCAUAUGUAAUUAAUUUAAUUCCCUCCAUUUUUAUGAAAUUGUGUCCAAGCUUUAUUCUCAGAUUGUUGCGCUGGUGUCCUACCUCAUCUGAAAGGUUAGAGAAAGCAGAACAAGAUGUCUUAUCAUAUUUACGACAACCUUAUAGAGGUCGACUGAUAAAUGUUGGGAAAUGCUGUGGAAAUGAAGACAAUUAUAUAUGGACUAUUUCACUCAAUGAAAAUUCUGAGAAAACGCCUCUAGUUUUGCUUCAUGGAUUUGCUUGUGGUGUGGGAUUAUGGGUGAUGAAUUUGGACAGUCUUGCAUCUUCUCGCCCCAUAUAUGCUAUUGAUAUCUUAGGAUUUGGGAGAAGCUCCAGGCCACCAUUCUCUUCUGAUGCAUUGGAAGCUGAAAUGCAAUUUUUUAUUUCACUAGAAAAAUGGCGACGAGCUGUUGGAUUGGAGAAAUUUGUUCUUCUCGGACAUAGUAUGGGUGGAUAUAUAGCUGCUUCUUAUGCUUUACAUUACCCAGAAAGAGUAGCAUUACUUAUAUUGGUAGACCCAUGGGGUUUACUUGAAAAGCCUAUUUCACUUAUGCAUUGCUAUGAAUUGGAUAAUUGGGUCAAAUUUGUGGCCAGUUUUGUAAACGGAUUCAAUUUUUUAGCAUGUGUGAGAGUUGCUGGACCUAUUGGUCCCUAUUUAGUAAAACAAUUUAGGAAUGAUUUGAAGAAAAAGUAUGGACAUUUUAUGAAUGAUCAUCAAGUAAUUCUGAGCUAUGUAUAUCAUUGCAAUGUCCAAAAUCCCAGUGGUGAAGCUGCAUUCAAAGCAAUGACUGAUAAAGCUGGUUGGGCAAAGCAUCCCAUGAUGUACAGACUGAAUAACUUAAAUGCUAAAAUUCCCAUUACUUUUGUAUAUGGCUCCAGAUCUUGGGUUAAUAGGCAACCUGGUUUGCAGAUAAAGUAUUCUAGAUUAAAUUCUUUUGUUGAUGUUCAGGUUAUUGAAGGAGCAGGAAACCAUGUAUAUGCAGAUAAGCCAGAACAGUUCAAUGCUUUAAUUAAUCGAGUUUGUGAAAGCUUAGAAAAUGGAUUCAUUUUCCCUAAUAAUCUUUAAAAUAUAAUUCUGAAUUGUCUUUUUAAAGUACCAAUUAUGGGAUCUUUGAAAGGACCAUUUUAAUGCUAUUCUGAUGACAUCUUUUUCAUUAUUUAAUUUGUUAUGUAUUUUUUAUAUAUUUAAUUUACAUUUUGUAUAAGAUUAUACUAAGUUAAAAUUUUAAAUUAAACUUUUUAACUGAAAUUUUUUAUAAUUUAUUUAUUUACUAUGACAUUUUCAAGGUUUAUAAGAUGUUCUCUAAUAAAAAAUAAAUAAAUAAAUAAAUAAAUAAAAAAAUAAAUGUUUAUAUUUAAUAAUACUUUCUCAUCAAAAUUUAUAGCACUUGGGUUAGGAUUAUAUAGGUUUUUUAUGCAGUGUAUGAAAACUGUCUGUGAAAGUUUUUGGUUAUGUUUUGAUAUUGGUAUAUUUGUUAGAUACUCGAUGUUUAUCUACAAAACAUCAUAUAAUUUCCUAUUAAAAGUGUUUUUGUGUAAAUGUGCCAUAUUAUGUAAUGUUUUGUUAAUUUUGUAAUUUAGUUUAAAUAAGUUAUGAGGAUUUUUAUAAAGUUAUUGACUACUGUUAUAAAAAGUGAUAUCUAAAUGAAACUGACACUCUGAAAAAUUAGUACUUUCUGAAAGUAGGCAAUUUUUGUACAAUUUUCUUAUAACUGUACACAAUAAUUUUAUAUUUUAUACAUAAUUAUUAAAAUCAAGAUCUUUUUCUUUCUUUUCA